AUGCGUGGUUCGUUGCUGACCCCAGUUAUUAAUCCCACGAGUACGUACAUCCACCAGCCACAGACCAUCGACGGGUUUCGGCGAAGAGAAGACGUCUGCGUGUCGGCGCGGCGCCAGAGGCGGUAAGGGCGCGGGCGUGAAUGGCGGCGAGGUGGAGGUGUCUGUGCCCCGCCCGAUCCCCCCGUUCUCAGCCCUCGACCGGUUUGCCUGGCCAUGCCCUUGGACUGUGGCCUGCUUUGUUUAUUCACUGAUCGUCGACGUUACAUCGAAAUACUCUGGAGGCAUCGGUUACUCGUAACGGCCGAUGAGCGUAAGGCCAAACGCCGCUUCAUGAAUCUGAUGCGUGGCUUUGAUACUGAAGAUCUUGAUGUGUUAAGGAAGGUAGAUAAGUUCGUUAUGUAUAUCGCUGCUUGCAGGCCGUGGAAUCCCGUGGUCUGGACAUAAAACAGUGUGCUCCGGGACCUCCAAUGGACAUCGUUGAAGAUUCUGAGUCAGAGGAUGAGGCCCUUCCGCUUCCGCCUUCUGUUGCCCGCAGGGCGUCCGUGGUGAGUUCCCGUUUGCGAAGAUAUUCGACCGUCCGAAUGGACCAUUUGGGCGGAACGACUAUGGUCACGACAGUUGUACCCGUAAGUAAUCAUAUAUCGCGCAUUCCAACACAUCGACAUCAUCAAGCCAACCAUGUAUCUCCCCAUCACAGGCAAGGAUCUCAACGUCAUUCUCACCGUUCUCCGCGAUCAGGGUGCGUCUCGAUGACAUUACCAAUAACAAAUCAUGACUUUUAGAAGAGCUCGGGAAGACCUUCUUCAGACGGCAAUAUCCCCUGAACCUGCUCCUUUGCAAGCUCCUACAAGCCAGCGACAAACACCUGCUGGUCCAUCGAUGGAUAUCAACAAUAUGAACUUGAUCGGCAACACUGGCGAGUUUCAAGAACGCGGUCUCAUUCCUCAAAUUGACCGUCCCAUGUCCAUGCCAUACCUAUGCUGCAAGAUGUGGCGAUGGAAAGAUCUCCAGGUAGAUGCGGCACUUCAUCGUCUUGAUCCAUUACCUUGGUGUAGAUUCGGAAGAGUGACUAUCAACAACGCUACUGUUUCUUGUUGCAAUCCGUAUCACUAUGGACUAUGGAUCAGACGUAAGUUGUUUCGGCAUCCAUCCCUGUAAUCCACAAUCUUUAGCCGAGUUCUCAUCAACCGCUUCCGAAGACAAAAGUAUUUCGGGUAUUGUUGCGAACGGCGGAGGACGGCUGGGUGAACGUUCCGGUAUGUCUUCAGCAAGUAAAUCUCAUUGAAAUUUUUUAAAUCCUAAUGAUCAUAACUGCAGAAACUGACACGGGAUUCGGUGACGAAAUGAGUGCUCAGGCAGCUCGGUCAAUUGGCCACGUCCGGGCAGACUUCCAGAUGAAAGGACAGAGUGAUACUCCUCCACUUGAACCUCCUCCUCUUCCUCCAAGUGGAUCUGCGAGUCCCGUCAACAAUAACCUCUCCGAUAAUCCUAUCUUAUUAAAUCAUUUGACUAGUAUACAUUCCCAGGCGCUCGGUAGGUAGGCAUUUGAAGCUCCGGAUUUUUCCAUUGCAGCGUGGGGUCGGAUGGCCAGGUGGGAGAGAAAAGAGAGGAUAGGUGAUAUGAUCCCUUUGGUAGGCGAUUUCGUGGCCGUGGGCCAAUUAGCCGGCACCGUCUUCGAUGGACAAGACGUAAAAUGCAAUUGGGAUGUGGACAAUCGCGCCUCUUUUGCACUUCUAAAACAGUCUGAAGUUGAAAACUUUGAAGAUAUCUGGUUAUACAAUAGGUGAGAAAAAAAUAUAUUAUUUUUACGACAUUGUUUUAGUGGCGAAAGGCCAAUCUUUAUGUGUGUGUCCCAAUCAAUACAGAGCAUGAAGUCAGCUGCAGAGACCAUUCGCCGACUGUCACCUGGCUAUUGCAUUCGUGUCCAUCGAAAGAACACUGAAACCCCGGAACAGGAACACGCACUUUUGUCAACUGAAUCUCCGCCCAUCGGCGUCUCCUUUUUGACUAUCAGCAUCGGAGUCGGAUGGGGUAUCAACUACCAGCGUUUGUAUGUCUCCGAUACGCCUUGCCGUUACGAGAUCAUCUUCAGCUAG